AUGAAGACGUCGACGUUGAUCCUUACACUGCUCGCCUCCUCCGGGGCCGUCCAGGCGCUUGCGGUUGGCAGGCCUUCUGCUGAGAAACGGGAGGAGGUGGAGAUUGUUGUGCCUGCUUUCAUUGCGAGGAGGCAUCGGGAUGCCGGCAACUUUGGUGGCUUUAGUGGCUUUGGUGGGCGAGGCGGGUUUGGAGGCGGAAGGGGUGCGGGCGGUGCGGGUGCUGGUGCUGGUGUUGGUGCUGGCCAGGCGAAUAAUGCCGCGCAGGGUCAGCAAGGUCAGGAACAGACCCAGGGUGAGGCCCAGGAUGCCGACCAGAAUCAAGGUCAAGAUGGUCAGGGACAGACUCAGGGCGAGGGUCAAGGUCAGGAUCAGGGCCAGGAUCGAGGAAAGGAUCUAGGCCAGGGACAAGAACAAGGACAAGACCAGACCCAAGGUCAGGAUCAGGCUCAAGGCCAGGAUCAGACCCAGGGUCAAGAUCAAACUCAGGGUCAAGAUCAGACUCAGGGUCAGGAUCAGACUCAGGACCAGGGUCAGGACCAAGGUCAAGGAAAAGAUCUGGAACAAGAUCAAACCCAAGACCAAGGCCAGGGCCAGAAUCAGAACCAGACAGAAGAACAAGGCAAAGACCAAACCCAGGAUGAAGGCCAAGAGAAGACUGCCGAUGAGACCCAGGAGCAGGGUCAGGACGAAACCCAAGAUCAAGGCCAAGAACAGGAACAAGAUCCCUCACAGGAUCAAGAGCAGGAUCAAGAUCAAGGCCAGGACCAAGCUGAAGGCCAAGAUCAGGAGCAAACCCCGGAGAUCAUCAACGGUGGUCGAGGAAACCUGACUACCCCCGCCCCCAGCAACCGAGGCGGUACUACCGGCCAGGGAAAUCGAGGCAACAGCAAUGGUGGCAAGGUCACUCAGUCUAACCGAGGCAACAGGGGCGGUCAAACCCAGGGUGGUCGUGGCCAGACCGGAAACACCGGCAACACUGGUGGCAAUACCGGAGCUGGUCGAAACACUGGCAACACCGGCGCUGGUCGGGGCAACACCGGCAACACUGGCAAUACUGGCGGCGGACGAGGUGGUAACACUGGUAACACCGGUAACACUGGCAACACUGGCGGCGGACGAGGCGGUAACACUGGCAACACUGGUAAUACCGGCGCCGGGCGAGGAAAUGGCAAUACCGGCAACAACGGCGGAGCCAACAACGGCGGCAACAAUGGUAACAACAAUGGCAAUAAUAAUGGCAACAACAACAACGGGAACAACAACGGCGGUAACAACAAUAAUAACAAUAACAACAACAACCGCAACUGCGUGAACCCGCAAAACAUCCAAGCCAACAGCGCCCGCACCGGUCAGGAACCCGGCACCGAAGGCGUCGGCGACGGCCAAAGCCCGGCCUCGACCGACGACGCCAACUUCAUCAACUUCUGCACCGGCCAAACCCUCACCAACGGCAACCAAAUCACCUCUGGCUCCUGCAACCCUAUCCCCAUGGGCCAAAUCCCCGCCCGCGACAACAUGAUCUCCACAAUCAUCACCUUCCCCCUCCCCGGAGACACCAUCCGCGCCAACAGCGACUUCACCAUCUCCUUCCAAUCCAACCACCUCCAGGCCGGCUCCUUCACGAACCCCACCGUCACAUACUAUUCCUCCCCGCAGGAACUCGCGCGUAACGGCGACAUCAUCGGACACGCCCACAUCACGAUCCAGGAUAUCGGUAGUCUGAGGAGCACGACACCUCCGGAUCCGAGGCAGUUUGCUUUCUUCAAGGGCGUGAAUGAUCCCGUUGAUGCGAAUGGGUUGUUGUCCGCUACUGUCCCCGGCGGUCUGCCGGCUGGUGCGUAUAGGGCUUGCACGAUGGUUAGUUCGUCGAACCAUCAGCCUGUUUUGAUGCCGGUUGCGCAGAGGGGUGCGCAGGAUGAUUGUGUCAAGUUUGAGGUUGUGAAUGGUGGUAAUGCCAAUAAUGGGAACAAUAACAACAACAACAAUGGAGGAAACAACAAUAACAACGGGGGAAACAACGCCGGCAAUAACGGUGGUCGUGGCCGUGGCCGUAACCGGGCUCGCCAGUAA